AUGCACCUGACUGCAAUGGCGCGCCGGGCGCGCGCGCACCGGUGUCGUCAACGGCAGCCAACAUUGCGUCGCAGACUCAUAACUCAAGCUACAGUUUGGCUACAAUCCCGGCGAUAUGUUCCGACAGCAUCUCGAAGUAAUGCGGUCAGCGUCCUGGAAGCAGACUUGUGUGGGAAAGCCGUAAUCUUUGCCGGCACCGAGAUUGAGCUCAUCGACCGAUUCAUGCGUGCCAACUUGCGAUCACCUAUGAUGCAUCGAGGCGGAGAGCCUCCGCUGGGUCCCUCAGGAACUGCCGACGUCACCCGCCUCCCUCGUCCUCCACUGCGUAGUACACCGUCCUUGCCAGCCCAAACGCUCGUGGGCUCGCCGACCUCCUUCCCUCCUUCCCGUCCUCCGGCGUCACAAGUGACCCUCCGCCAGUGCCAAUUUCCCUGUCGUCCGCGGGAGGCGUAUGACGAUUCGCAAGGGUACUUUGGUGUUGUGAAAAGCAUAUCUUCUCUGGAAGACGGACCUAGUGAAGUUGGGGGAGGUGUUGAAGGCGUUGAUUCAAAUGGGGUGCUGCAAAAAAGUGGACAAGGAUGGGCCAAUGACAGAGGUGCCUGA